AUGUUGGACAGUUUUCCAGAUGGAUACAGUGAUACGGCUGUGAUAAGCAGUAGCGGCGAAAGCGCGGAAGAUGCGGAUUUCCUGGAGCAAGAAGUGGCGAACAAGCGGAAGAAGAGCACGGCCAGGCCGGCCAAGGACUUUCCGGACAGGGAGGGGGAGGAAAUCAAUGAUGAUGAUGAAGAUGAGGAGGAGGAAGAGGAGGAUGGAGUACUCAACACGUUAUGGACGUAUGACUUAGCCGAAAUGCGCGUAAAGAAAGAAUUUGAAUUUCCAGAUUUUGUCAGAGAGAUUAAUGCUUCUGAUAGCUCACAGUGUUUUUCAGAUUUCACAGUGGAAUAUGUACGGGAACACGGGCUCGAAGAACCGCUUCUUUUCAAGGAUUCUGUGAGUGCACUUGGGAUGAAGAUGCCUAGCGAUGGGACACUGACGGCGCAGUGCGUGCUAAAGGCAGUCGGUGACUGUGAGGUGGAGGUAGUUGGCGUAAUGACUCAAAGCAGCCGCAGAAUGAUGCUUCGAGAUUUCGUCCGAUAUUACGAGUCUCCGCCAGCAGAACGAGAAAAAUUACUCAAUCUUUUAUCGCUUGAAUUCUCUCUUACACCUCUUGCAAAACGGAUUCGUGCGCCAACAGUGGCACGCGAAAUUGACUGGGUUGAGCUGUACUGGCCAAAGGAACUACGCAAUUGUCCGACAACUUUCCCAAAAGUGCAAAAGUGUGUAUUUUGUUACAUAUUCUUGAUCUUGAACGAUACGGUUCUUCCGAUGCGAGGGGAACCUCUUCUAAAAACUAUUUUUAGCUACUGUCUACUGAGUGUUCGAGGAUCGUUUACCGAUUUUCACAUCGAUUUUGGUGGUACUUCAGUGUGGUAUCACAUCUAUAAAGGACAAAAAGUAUGCCUUUCAUUUUUUUUUGAAAACAAACAUGCUGGCCUUUGCCUGCAGAAAGUCAGACAUUCUUCUUUUUCAUUGAUUAUUGAUGCACUGCUUCUGAUGGGCCAUGUUGAGUUGCAGACUUUCUGGGUGGUUGAGCCUACGGAAGAAAACUUAAUUAAAUACGAGAACUGGAUAUUGAAAGGAUCACAGUAUGAAGCAUUUUUUGGUGAUCUUGUCGAUAGGUGCGCGCGAAUCGAUCUCUUCGAGGGUUAUACAUUUAUCAUUCCUGCAGGCUGGAUACAUGCUGUUUACACUCCCGAGGAUAGCAUUGUUUUUGGUGGUAAUUUCCUACACAGUUAUUCCAUUCCAAUGCAAAUUCGAAUCAGUAAAUCGGAAGACACUUUGAUGAUUAAGCAUAAGUAUCGCUACCCGAGAUAUAUGGAGAUGCUAUGGUAUUUGGUGGCAGACAUUGUCAAGAAAGCGACUGGCUUAACCUAUGAUACCAAGCCGAAAGAGGACGAGAAGAACUGGAUAUUGAAAGGAUCACAGUAUGAAGCAUUUUUUGGUGAUCUUGUCGAUAGGUGUGCGCGAAUCGAUCUCUUCGAGGGUUAUACCUUUAUCAUUCCUGCAGGCUGGAUACAUGCUGUUUACACUCCCGAGGAUAGCAUUGUUUUCGGUGGCAAUUUUCUACACAGUUAUUCCAUUCCAAUGCAAAUUCGGAUCAGCAAAUCGGAAGACACUUUGAUGAUUAAGCAUAAGUAUCGCUACCCGAGAUAUAUGGAGAUGCUAUGGUAUUUGGUGGCAGACAUUGUCAAGAAAGCAACUGGCUUAACCUAUGAUACCAAGCCGAAAGAGAACGAGAAGGUAGUGCCCAGUGAAUUUUUAUCCUUCCGGGAAUUCGUGGUCUGUCAGCAUAUGUAG